AAUAAACGUUCGCCUAUUUCUUUUGGCUUUUACAAACAAAGUUAACAAUUAUUCAUAAUUAUUAUAAUUUAUUCAGUUCGCUGGCCAACAACGCCGGUCGUUACCGAAUGCCAUGCACAUGGGCCACUUAGCGCUGCCGAACAAUCGAAAAAUCGAAGUGCGUUAAAUGUCAAGGACAACGGUAAAGCCACAACAAAAACCAGAGAAAAUCAAAGGAAAAUCCACAAAGAGAGCGAGCGAGAGGCAGAGAGCAGCUCAGCUGGGAAAGUUUUGAAGCGAGGAAAGCAAGAAAUAUUGGGAAAAUACUCGCGAAGAAGCCGUAAAUAUGUCGAAUCCGGCGCACGGAAAACCGCCCAAUAGCAUGGGCUCAUCAUCCGCAUCCUCGCCAGCUUCGGUGUCCCUGCAAACGGGUGGCACUGGGAACAGCUCCUCAUCCUCAUCCUCCACCACCUCCUUCUCCUCCUCCAGCGCCUACUCCUCAUCGCUGGGCGGCGGAAUCCUCAAGGACAAGGCGGGUCUGCCGCCGGUCUACCUCAAUCUGAAUGAUAAUGCCAAGGAUCAGACACCAGGCAGCCCCGGUUCACCGCUGCAAAGCUGGGAUGACGCCCGCACCGCCGACGUCUGGCUGUCCUCGCUGCACAGCGUCAUCUUCAUCAUCACCUGCGCCCUGGCCGCCUUCAUUCUGUUCCGCAACGUGCUCACCUGGCAUCUGCAGAGCUUUUGGGGCGCCUCCGGUGAUUUCUGGCAGUCGCAAUGGGACAAAUUCAUCGACUCGUUCGGCGACGAGCCCAUGGUGCUCUGGGUCUUUGGCACCACCAUAUUCACGAUGCUCGUCUACUGGACCGUGGGCACACUGUACACCUUCAUGGACCUGACCAAUCGGCCCGCCUGUCUGCGCAAGUACAAGAUCCAGCCGGGCACCAAUGAGCCCGUCGAAGUUCGUCGUCUGCUCAAGGUGAUCUGGUGCGUGGUCUGCAACCAGAUAUUCGUGGGCAUACCGUUGGCCUACGCCAGCUACCGUCUGAUGGAGAUCCGUGGACUGAGCGACAUCCGCGACCUGCCCACAUUCCAUUGGGUCUGCUUUGAGCUAACGGUGUGCAUUCUGAUGGAGGAGCUGGGAUUCUACUACUCGCACCGUCUGCUGCACCACAAGCACAUCUACAAGUACAUCCACAAGCAGCAUCACGAGUGGACGGCACCCAUCUCGGUGACGGCCAUCUAUUGCCAUCCCAUUGAGCACAUCUUUAGCAACCUGCUGCCGCCCUUCCUGGGCGUCUUUCUCAUGGGCAGCCAUGUGGCCACCGCGUGGAUGUGGUUCGCCCUGGCGAUCCUCUCCACACUGAACGCCCACUCCGGCUAUCACCUGCCGUUCUUUCCCAGUCCCGAGGCGCAUGAUUUUCACCAUUUAAAGUUCAACAACUGUUUCGGCGUGCUGGGCGUCUUGGAUCGCCUCCAUGGCACCGACUCCCUUUUCCGGGCCACCAAGUCGUAUGCGCGACACAUCAUGAUGCUGAGCUUCAAGCCGCCACGCGAUGCUUUUCCCGAUCCGUCGAUGAAGUGAUGCAGUGACGCAGUGAUGCAGUGACGCAGUGAUGCAGUGAUGCAGUGAGCAGGCAAUGUGGAAGUUCUCUUGUGCAUGGCAGCAAGCAUUUCUCUAUCUGUGUAUACAACUUUUAAUUGUGAUAUGACAAGGCAGAUCCUAUUUUGUACACCUCAUAUGUAUGUAGACGUGGUGCAGACCCCUAGUAUCCCUAGAAUUCCGCACAAAUGCGAGCACCGCUCCCAGAGCGAAUCCCCCACAAAUGUUAAUCGAGUCGAAUAAAGCGUAAAUGUAAAUGUCUA